GUCCAAACUGUACAUUUGAUGCAACCGAUGAAAUUGAAUGCUCCCUUGUUGCCGUAGCUGCACGUAUAUGAUGAGCAAAACACAGGGAAUAAAAGUUCAAUUACAAGAAAACAGAUUAACAUGAUCAUAACAAUAAGCCGCUAAAGAUUUAUAGAAAUUGAACUCUACCGUUUCUGGUUUCGGUUUUGAAGAUUUGGAGGUAUAAUGAAGGUUUAUCUAUAAUAUGAAAGGACCACGAUAUUUUUGGCUUUUGUCACUCAGACACAUCUGUGUUUUUAUUUUUGGAAAAGCACGGCGAUUGUUGUUUUUAUGCUUCUUCUGGAUGACUGUUUUAGAGAAUCAUCUUACUUGGUCCUGUCGUUGUCCAUAAUAAACUAAAAUCUAAGCAUCAGCAUCCAAGAUACAACAAUCCAACUAGAAGUCUUGACGUACGGGAAAGCCUUGUCCAAAACUGUUCCGCUUAUUGAUGUUGGAGUCUUCCCAUAACUUGAGUUUGGACUCGGGUUUUUAAUCUCACACCUCACAAGAAUUCUGUUGCAAUCCAAAUCACAACAGAUUUUCAGAAAUGGCCUUCUCAGAUCAAAGAAUCUUUCACAACAGCCUCGUGGCUCUCUACCUCAUAGGACCCCCUACCUUCAUCUCACUCAAAUUCCUUCAAGCCCCAUAUGGCAAGCACAAUCGCCCUGGAUGGGGCCCGAGCAUCUCCCCGCCUUUGGCCUGGUUCCUCAUGGAAAGUCCCACUCUUUGGCUCACAUUUCUUCUCUUCCCUUUCGGCCAACAUGCUAACAAUCCCAAAGCACUGAUUCUUAUGUCUCCUUAUCUCAUCCAUUACUUCCACCGCACCUGUGUCUACCCUAUCCGCCUGUACUUGAAUACCGAUAAACAGAAAACUAAAGCUGCUAGCGGUUUUCCAAUCAGCGUGGCCCUGAUGGCAUUCGCGUUUAACUUAUUGAACGCUUACCUGCAGGCCAGGUGGGUGUCUAACUAUAAAGAGGACUAUGAGAGUGAUGGGUGGUUCUGGUGGAAGUUUUGCAGCGGGCUACUGGUGUUUGCGUCGGGCAUGUGGAUUAAUAUAUGGUCGGAUAGAGUUUUGGUUGGGUUAAAGAGAGGUGGUGGUGGGUAUAAGAUCCCAAGAGGAGGGUUGUUUGAGCUGGUAAGCUGCCCCAACUACUUUGGUGAGACUAUGGAGUGGCUUGGAUGGACUGUGUUGACAUGGUCCUGGACUGGGUUUGCAUUUUUUCUUUAUACAUUUGCCAAUUUGGUUCCUAGGGCAUGUGCUAAUCAUAAGUGGUAUCUGGAAAAAUUUGGAGAAGAUUAUCCUAGGAGCAGAAAAGCUGUUAUUCCUUUCUUGUAUUGAAGCCAAUUUAUGGAAUAAAAUAAGUGGCAACUUUAGUUUACUGCUAACUUUUCAGCCUGUGUAAAGGAAACUGCUAAUUUUGAAGAUUAGGCUUCCAAUUAUGUUAA